AGGAUGGAGGUAGAAGAAGUAUUGAGGAGAAUAGGAUUUGGAGGAGCUCAGAAGAGGCUGUAUAUACUUAUUCAAACAAUUCAUUAUGCUUCAGUGUCUCACUUUAUUGCCCUUAGUUUCAUUGGAUUUGAACCUCAGUGGACUUGUGGGGAUAAAACUGAACUGGAUGCCAAAUGCUUGGAGUAUGCUCGUGGUGACUGUAAGCCUCAUUAUCUGGAAGAUGUCAGCACUAUUAUUUCAGAGUGGAACCUACUUUGCGACAAGUCCUCACUGGCCAAGCUCUCCCAAUCAAUAUUCUUCAGUGGAGCUAUGUUGGGUGCAUGGCUCUGGGGAACACUUGCCGAUCGAAUAGGUCGCAGAAAAAUAUAUUUCACCACAGUUGUUCUUACCGCUGCUAUGGGACUUGGGUACAGUGUUGCUCCAAACUAUUACAUAUUUGUCGUAUUUAGAUUUCUUGUGGCAUUGAGUGUUACUGGAUUGAUUCUCUCAAGUUAUGUACUCUCGAUAGAGCUCACUGGGACUCAAGGAAGAACAAAGAUUGUUAUGUUAAGUAAUGCUUUUUACUCUCUGUGCCACCCACUACUUGCUACACAAGCUUACUUGAUAACUGACUGGAGAUUGUUUAGCAGUGUAAGCAGUCUGAGUGGACUCCUAGUUCUUUUAUUGUGGAGAGUCAUCCCUGAGUCUCCGAGAUGGUUGCUGGUAAAUGGACAACAAGAGGAGGCUAGAGCAGUGCUGGCAAGACUGGCCUCAGAUAAUGGAGUCGAGAUGCCUGCAGGAGAGCUCAAGAAACCAACUGACCCAACUUCAGCAGAGCCUGUCUCUGUGCUGGAUUUGUUCAGAGGAAAGGUUAUUCGCCGAAGAACCGUGAUCCUGUUUGUAACAUGGUUUGCAAACUGUUUAGUAUACUAUGCUCUAACGAUGAGUGCAGGAGAGUUGGGUGGCAAUCGAUAUGUAAAUAUUGCCCUCGCAGGGCUGGUUGAGAUCCCUUCAUACAUUGCCGGAUACUUUUUGCUUGACAGUAUUGGUCGCAAGAGGUUACAUGGAGUGUUUCUGACCAGUGGAGGGAUAGCUUGUCUUGCUGUUGCUUGUAUGCAGUGGUUUGGAUAUGACAACCGUCUAAUAAUGACGUCAGUAGCCUUGUUUGGUAAACUGGCAGUGUCAGGCUCCUUUGUUUGUAUCUACAUGUACUCAGCUGAACUAUUCCCCACCCAAGUCAGAAACAUUGGGGCUGGAGUUGCAACAAUCGGAGCACGACUGGGAGGAUUUUUUGCUCCUAUUGUUUUACUGCUGGUCGGCUAUGGCGUGGGUCUUCCUAUGCUGGUUCUGGGAUCUGUUGGUACCCUGACCGGCUUGCUAAGCUUCACUCUACCAGAGACGCUAGGUCAACCAAUGCCAGAGACACUGAGAGAACUGGAAUGUCAAAAGUUUUAGUUUUUCAAUAAUUUUAAUACAUCAAUCAUAAUUAUAAUUAUAAUUAUAAUGGUCUAUGGAGUUGAAUGGAUUGUCCUACAGUCAAUGUUGGUAUUCUUUCAUUUUUCGUGCUAUGACAUUGCAUAGCACUCCUGUG